GAAACGCAAGUGACUAAUAUUAGAUACAAUAUGGCGACGGGAGGGGACGCGGUUGAAAGUAUCCCUGUGUCGCCCGGGAAAGAAUAUCAUUUUUGUAUCUUAUACAAUUACGAUUCCGAUCCCCCAGAUGACAUUGAAAAGUCUUUAAAAGUUGUUAAAAAGAUCACAACUACACUGGCAUCUAUCGGGCUCCGUGCUUCGUACUAUUAUGACCGGGAUUGCUUGCCGGGUUUGAAUGUAUUCCAGGAACUAUUCCGGGUGGUUGAAGCGUCCGAGUACAUCAUCGUCGUCCUUACCCCAGGGUUUAUACUGGAUAGUUGGAAUCGAUAUACACAACAGGCCACAUUUAAGGAGCUUCUGGAGAGGGGCAUUUCUCAUCGGUUACUUCCGUUAUGUUUCGGACUGAACCAGAAUUUACGAGUGCCUGUAGAGCUGACCACACAAGCACCUCUGGAGUUUUCUGAUGACUGGGAGAAUGACGAGGCAUCAUGGCAAAAGUUGAGAAGAGUGUUCACUAAACACAGACCAAUAGCUAACGUCAGCAUGCAUGCAACGAAUCAAGGAAAUACCCUGUGGAAGAAACCAACCAAAAUGGAGGCCAGCAAGCUGAAGACAAUGAUCCCCCAGCCUCUGUACAUAAUCCGAUCAUCCCACAGGAUGAAGAUGUCAUGGUUAACCGGCUGUCUCAAGGAGGUUCUUCAGCAGAUGGAGAGACGAUCAUCUACUCACGGAUGCCCCCUGACUGAUUAUGAUGAACAUCAGGUUCAAGGUCUAGAUGGCGGUACAGGGAGAGAAACAGAAGAGCCACUUCAAGGAACAAGCCUCGUCCCUGAUGGAGAGGAUCAGGUUCAAGAUGGCGUUACAGGAGAGAAACAGAAGAGCCACUUCAAGGAACAAGCCCCGUCUAUGAUGGAGAGGAUCAGGUUCAAGAUGGCGUUACAGGGAGAGAAACAGAAGAGCCACUUCAAGGAACAAGCCCCGUCUAUGAUGGAGAGGAUCAGGUUCAAGAUGGCGGUACAGGGAGAGAAACAGAAGAGCCACUUCAAGGAACAAGCCCCGUCUAUGAUGGAGAGGAUCAGGUUCAAGAUGGCGUUACAGGAGAGAAACAGAAGAGCCACUCUCCAAGGAACAAGCCCCGUCUAUGAUGGAGAGGAUCAGGUUCAAGAUGGCGUUACAGGGAGAGAAACAGAAGAGCCCUUCAAGGAACAAGCCCCGUCUAUGAUGGAGAGGAUCAGGUUCAAGAUGGCGGUACAGGAGAGAAACAGAAGAGCCACUUCAAGGAACAAGCCCCGUCUAUGA